UCAUCAGUGACCUACACUGUCGACGCAUCACGAUUAAACAAGUAUGGUUCCAUAAAUGGAAGAUAUGCGCCUCUCUAUUAUUUGUAUGAUUCUAGUGAAUUGAGGCAGGCUAGUGGAUGAGACAGGGGUCAGAGUCAUAUCUCACAGUGACCAGUCGACCGGCCAGCAGCACUUAAGUAAUCAAGGAGUCCCACUCACUCGUUUAGCAGCUAUCUGGAUGAUGGGCAAGUCCAUCUGCAUCUACAUAAAUGUGAACUCAGAUGCAGUGCUAGAUCUGUGAAUUUGCAAUAAAACUGCUCCUCCAUUUUGCGACUGAGUGCUUGGAUUAUAAUAGUGUUGGAAUACAUUAGUUGUGUUGUGAUCAUCACUUUGACGGCGCACUUAUCUCAAAAUACUUAAACCUUCGCUACCCCUCCUGGAAUUGAUGGAGUAAUACUAUUCAAAUAUUAUUCUUAGAUUGAAAAACAAAAAUGAGUGGAACAAGGUAUACUAUCUUCAGGAGUGAUUCGAUUGAGAGAGAAGCAACCUUGAAGUUCAGCAAGCAUCGACAGUAUCAAGCAGUAUUAAUUGCGUCUCUGGCUGGAACGGCGGCCGGCACCUUGGAUGGUUGGAUGAUGAUGUCCGUGGAUGCCACCACUGGCCGCACCGAGUAUGGCUCCAUGGUAGUCUACCACUUCAUCUCAUACAUGUUCGCCAUUGUUGGCGCCAUCACUUUCGGCUUCAUAUCCGACCAUAUUGGACGCAAAGCUGCUCUGAUUCUAAUUGGGCUUGUUAUGCUGCCAGUGUGGGUGCUGUACAUGUUGGCGAAUGCGUGGACAGUGGCUGCAGGCCUGGUGCUUAGUGGUUUGGCCGCUGGUGGCGCCACAGUCGCUGUGCCACUCUACAUCUCGGACAUUGCCGACAAAUCCUCCCGAGCCAUCCUCAUCGUUCUAUUCUAUCAACUGUUUAUCGCCGGCGAAUUGGUCACAUUUUUCGGAAAUCCCAAGGAACGUUUAGCAUCGACGGCAUCUUUUGCUUUCCUGAUAGCUCUGAUAUUUGUGCUGACUUUCGUGUGGAUGCCGGAGUCGCCAUACCAUCUGCUCUCAGUCGGCCGAGAAGUUGACGCUCGAAGAAGUGUGGAGUUUUUCAGUGGCGACUGGGAUCUAGUCGAUACUCAGAUUGCAUUGAUCAAAGAAUCUAAUAAAAAUAGAAAGUCGAUGUUAGCUCAUAUUAAAGAUAAGAGCUUGAGGACUCCUCUUCUCAUAACAGCUGGACUCACAAUACUGAGUCGUCUGGUUGCUGUGGAUAGCUUCAACUAUCGUUUGAUAAAAAGGCAUUUCUACCAUCACAACACUGUUCAUGGCGAUAAUGAAGCUAUCAAAUUCGGAUUUGGAGUCAAUCUAGCACUACAGCUUAUUGUGAUGGGAAUAUGCGGAUUUCUCAUAGAGAAAUACGGAAGGCGAAAAAUGCUAUAUAUUUCUAGCUUUGGAAUUUCAAUUUCUGCAGUUCCAUUGAUGUUUGCACCAUUUCUUUCUGGCUUCGAGAUCAUCUUGUUGCCGUUAUUAUUCUUGUACAUUGGAGCAUUUUCAGCUGGACUUGCAACGAUCCCGUGGAUACUUGCCGGUGACCUCUUUGCACCUGAGCAUAAGACUGUUUCCUUCACUGUAAACGCAGUCCUCUUUUGGGGUAUCGCAUCAUUCGCCUCGGAAAGACUGAUAUUGGCGAUAAGAUAUUUCUACAACUUUUUUGGUGUCUACUUUCUUCUAUUGACAAUAGCAUUAGUGCUGUAUAUUAAGAGUGUGAUACCAGAAACAAAAGACAGCAACCCAAGUGAAAUACGGACUGAAAUUGACUCUCUCAUUUCAAGAUUCCGGACAAAACCAACAGCAACGACGCCGCCAGUUAGCUGUUAACUAAAUUGUUAUUAUUCAUGUUAAUCUUCACUUUUAUAAUAUAAAACAUUUUCAAAAAUUGG